ACCAAUGACCCAAGCGGGAGCAGAAGACUGGCUGUCAGCCCGUGAGGGGAGAGGAAUUGGGUCAUUCAAGACCAAGACGAAGAUGCAUCCUCUGAUCUAUCCAUUGUUCAUCCACUGAUCUAACCCCCCACACUAAACCCACGAAUCUUCUUCUAAGGGACGCCACCGGCAUCGCCGUCGCCGUCGCCAUGUCCUCCUCCUCCGACGAGCUCCUUCUUGUCCAGGAGCUCCCCAUGGACAUGCACUCGGACGGCGGCGCUCCUCAGCGCCGCCUGGCCCACGUCCUCCUCCCUAUCGACCGUGCCCCUGGCCCGCCCCCUUUCCGCCCGCCUCCCCCUCCCUCCGCUGCCACCACCGCCGAGUUCCGCGUCGCCUUCAGGGGCUGGCUCGGCGCCCCGCGCCACUGGGAGCUCUGGGUCGCCAAGCUACGCCCGAUCCACGAGCGCCUCUGGCGGGAACUUGGGAUCUUCGACGCCGUCCUCGCCUCCACCUACAGGAUCAAGAGGGACGCCUCCGCCGUGCUCCACCUCGCCUCCUUCUGGUCCCCCUCCACCAGCACCUUCGUCUUCCCCUGGGGCGAGGCCACCAUCACUCUCGAGGACGUCGCCGUGCUCGGGGGCUUCCCCCCCGACGGCUCCCCCGUGCCCGCGCCGCUGCCGCACCAGUGGCGCCCGGACGAGGCGGCGCUCAACGGGGUGCGCCUCGACUUCAACCGGAGCGCCUGCAAGAAGGCGCACCACGCCGCCUGGAUGAAGCACUUCCUCACGGACACGGACAUGGACGCCGUCAUCGAGCACGCCGCCUUCCUUGCGCUCUGGCUCACGCGCUUCGUGCUCCCAGGCCACCCGGAGUCCACCAUGCGCCAGUCCCUCUUCCCGCUUGCUGUCCGCAUGGCGCGCGGUGACCGCGUCGCCCUUGGGCCAGCCGUGCUCGCGUCCCUGUAUCGGGACCUGCGUGAGAUGAAGACUUACUUGGUGGCCGCAGGCGCAACAGGCGGCAAUGCAGAGUUGCUGUCUCCCUUGUCAGUUCAUGCGCCCCUCUACAUCCUUCAGUUGUGGAUGUGGGAGCGGUUCCCUGUACUCUGGGAUGGAAAGCCCAACCUCAUCAAGGAUGGCGAGCCAAGGGCUGCUAGCUGGCAUGAUGUGAGCAAGAAGAUGAAUCCAAUGAUGAUCCGCGAGGUCCUCAAUUCGGGGAAGAACUUUUUAUGGCGGCCCUAUACCAGCUCGGAGCAAGCAUGCAAGGAUCAUAGCGGGUGGGUUCGUGGCAGUGAUAUAAACGAAGAUGAGGAAUUGAUUUCACUCGCGCAUUGCCUGCAUGCUUGUGAGCUAGUGGGGAUGGAUUGCAUUGAGCAGUACCUCCCACACCGCGUUGCAAUGCAGUUUGGACUGGACCAAGAUGUGCCUGGGGAUGUUCGCCGAGCAAAUGAGGAUUGGGGGGUUGCAUGGGAGACCUACGAUUUGGAGGGGAAGGACGUAGCCAUCUUUACCCCUUGCUCUGAACCAGGAGUCACGGCUCGGUAUGCAGAGUGGUGGACGCAGCCAUUGCCACCUGACCUUGAUGUUGGGGCAGGAAGCAUUUCUGUGGAAGGGAAGCUUUCCAAGCGUAAGGUGAAGAAGACACGGGCAGCCAUGGAAGCCGAAGCAGAGAGGGAGCGGAAAAUGAAGAAGGCUCGAAUCUCCCCUAAUAAUGAUAAAAAGCGAAAACUUGAGGAGUUGUAUGAUGCGAAGCUGUCGGAUUGGCUUGCAGCCGGAAGGAAUGGGAGCAGUGGAACGAGUGGUGGCAGCUGCAAAAGGGGAUCCUCGCCAAAAUCUGUUGCUGGAUCAGACAAGUCCCUGUCAGCUAGUGCUGGGACUAGAGAUGAUAUUGUACUUCUUGUGCCAAGGAAGCAGGUGCCAACUCCUACUGUAAAUCUGAGGAAGGAUAGGGAUAUGAAUCUGGGUAGGGGAGAUGAUGGGAUCUUCAUGGCUAAGUCUCUGGUUGGGACAAAGUACAAAGGUGUGUAUUUGAAGGGCUCUAUGGCAGGUGAUGUAGAUCAUUUAGUGAAUGAGCCAUGUUUUGACGAGACAGUGGUGUCAACUGAAAUCUCUACAUUCAGUGAAGAUGCCAAGGAUGAAUGGAGUGACCAGAUUUUGAAAAAUACCAGUGAGCUGAUCAGAGGGGAACCUCCUGCUAUCCCUAAUAUGCCUGAGGAGGUUAAACCUUCAGUGUCUAUGGAGAGAGAAGAAUACAGUGAUCUCUUGACUGAUAUUGAUUUCAGUGAGGAUGUCAUAGAGGAAGCUAUCACAGUUGAUAAGCCCGCAAAUUUCUCCAGUGCACCUGAAGGAGGCGAUGCUGUGAUGAUGGAGGAAAAAAUAGUCAAUCUUCUUGAAGACAAGCGUCUUGAGGCUACAGGUAGACCAGACGAAGGCACCAUUGUUACUCAGGAAUUGGAGAAGAAAGCCAAACUUGCAGUUGACGAGUAUCGUGGUAUGUCAAAUAGACUUGAAGCCGUUGCUCUUGUCACGAAUGACAUAGAAGAAAAGGGUAAUGUAGCGGUAGCUAUUGAAGGUGCCGUAGUUUCAGAAGGAGUUGGAAGGGAUGGGGAGGGAACAAGUCAUUCUAUUGGAGUCUUGUCAGGGAGCAAACAAGGAGCCUAUGCAGGUGUUACGAACAAUCCUCAGGAGACAGUGGCUUUGCCUGAGGAAAUACUUCCAGUUCAGCAGGCAAAUGAUGUUGGUGAAUGUGUUGGAUUGUCAUGUAUAAUGGAGGAUACUUGUGCUGCUGCUGGAGUGGCAACAAAUGAUGAAGAAGCCGCUUUAGAUUUUGUCGCCGAUGAGGAGAGGGAGAUUUCCUGUAAAGAAGAGAUUGGAGGAGAAAGCAAUCAGAUGGCUAUGAAAGAUAGCGAGCAGAAGCCUCAGGAAGCUCCUCCAGUUGACAUUGUAGAAUGUGGAGAAGACAUUACUCUUGUGGAAAAAGACAAUGAAGGUGAACACGAAAAUGUUCCUCAAACAGUGGAGGCAGUGGUCACUGGCAUUAAUAUGGCUGCAGUUCUUUUGGGUGUUCCUGAAGAAGGGAGUGCAGACGUGGAUAAAGCUCUGAAUCUAACACAGAAAGACGCUGAAGAUGUGCACAAGAAAGUUGCAGAAGUAGAGGAUGCAGAACAGGUGCAAAUUAAUACUAUGGCAAAUGGAGGUGCAAAUGAGGGGCACAAUGAAGUUGCUGAAGUAGAGGAUGUAGACAUUGCAGAGGCAGAGAUGCGUGCACAGUUUGAUACUGAGAAACCUGAGGAAGCUACAGAAGCAGGGCAUGCAGAUACGGAUGACGGUAAGAGAUUAACAGGGAGAGAUACUGUUGAGGAGCCUGGAGAUGUUCUUGAAGGGGCACAUGCAGAAGCGGAAAAGGCUAGGGAGCUCAUAGAGAACAAUGAUGAUGAUAAGCUAGCAGAGUUUCCUGGUAUAACACAUGCAGAGAUGGAAGAGGUAAAGAAUUUGAUGAAGGAAGAUGCAGAUGAGAAGUUUGAUGAAGUUUUUGAUAUACAAAGUACAAAAAUAAAAGGAACUCAUAAGCCAAGGGAGGAAGAUACUGAUGGUAAGCUUCAGGAAGUUUUUGAUGUAGAGCAUGCAGAAACCAAACAUACAAAGGUUUUGAUUAAGGGAGUUGCAGACAAGCAGUUUGAAGAAAGUUCUGAAUUGAGAAGUAUAGGGAUUGAUGGCACUCAUGGGCCAAUGGAGGAAAGUACUGAUGAUAAGGUCAAGGCAGUACCCGAAGUGAAUGCGAAAGUAGAACAAGCCAAUGGGACCAUGAGGGGCAAUGAUAGGCCCGACAGCAUCCUGCAAAUAGACCUUCCAGCAAGGGACGAAACCAGGUGCUUGGCCAAGAAAGAUAUUGAAGAAGAUAAUGCGGAAGUUCCACGAGGAAAGCGCGCGGACAUAAACAAUGAGGCACCAAUUGAGAAAGAUGCAAAGCAGGCCAAGAAAGAUAUUGAAGAAGAUAAUGUGGAAGUUCCACAAGGAAAGCACGCGAACAUAAACAAUGAGGCACCAAUUGAGAAAGAUGCAAAGCAAAAGCCCAAUACAGGUGGCUUGGAUUUACCAGAGAAAGAAGUCGAUGGGUCCAAAGAGGUUUACCAAGUGAAACGAGAAGAAGGGGAGGAAUGCAAGGAGUUAAGGGCGGAAGAUACCGAGGAGAAUACUAAGGAUGCUCUUGGGGUUAAACAGGCAGAAGAACAACAAGGGGAAGCACUGACAGCAGGAUAUAUGUACAACUACAUUGAAGAAAUUACUCUAGUGGAGCAGGUGGAUGGACAAAGCAAAACACUCACAAGGAUAGGUGUUAAGGAAAAUCCCAAAGAUAUCACUCAAGAACAGGAAAAAGAAUUUGACAACGAUACAGUGGAAUCUUUAAAGAAUUCAAUCAAUAGUUUGUUAUGUAGCCCAGCCAUCACACAAUCAAAAGAAGGGCAGAUGGAAGUUCCUGUCGAAGGCAUGACGGAGAAGCACUGCCUUCAGGAUGUUGGGUUGAUAAAUGAUAGGGAAUCAUUGUCUGAUGGAGCUGCUAUGGAGAUUCAAAGAGUAGAUGACCACAAAACUUUGGACAUGCAUGAGGAAGUGUCUAUUAAACAGAUACAUGAGUGUGGAAUAAUAUUCACAAAUAAGGAGACACAAAUAUUGGAAGACAGCCAUAUGGUAGGAGAUGGAUCUAAUGAUUUGAUUCUUAUGGAGGUUGAUGAAACUUGGUCUACAGUCGAAAUUCAGAACCAGGAGGCUUUGGACUUGGACAAGCAACAAACAACGGAGGAAAGACAAGAUUUAGGACCUACAAUCGAGAACAAGAAAAUGGCAAUGUUAGGAGAUGACAUUACGCUUGGGUGCUGUGAGUUUCAAGCUGAUUCACCUGAGACCAAAAUUAAUGAGGUCCUGUCUACCAAAGGAAUACAGAAUCAGGAGCAUUUGGACAUGAAGGAAGAACAAGCAUCGGAAAAAGAAUUGGGGUGUAUAAUCACAGAAGGAAAUGCAAGACCCUUGGCAGUAGUCGAUACACUUGGUGGUGGUGGAGCAGAUACCACUGUGGUUAUCGUGGAUGUUAACAAGGCUAAUUGUGUUGAAGGAAUACAAAAUAUGGAAGCGUGCAGCAGUGAGGAGGCAAGGCAGGACAAACAGGACAAUGGUGUUGGAGAUGGGAGGAUCUUGGAAGACAUGAGCGCCAAUGAUAGUGGUGACGUGGGAACACGGAACCAGUGGGAUUUAUGCAUGGAGAAAGAACCGGUGGUGCUGGAGAAGCAGGACAAGGGAACGACAGAUGAGAACACAGGGAGAAUGUUGGUUGACACAGAUGCUCCUGAAUGUGGUGAAGCGAAACCUGAUGGGACCUUGAAAAUGAGUAAUGAUGUUCUUUGUACACAAGCUGUUAAUAUGGCCGAGGAUAAAAUUUCCUUGCAAAACCAGCAGAAAUGUGUGCCAUUGGGAGACCACAAUAAAUCAGAUCCACAGGAACCGGCGGUGCUGGAGAAGCAGGACGAGAGAACAACGGAUGAGAACACAGGGAGAAUGUUGGUUAACACAGAUGCACCUGAAUGUUGUGAAGCGAAACCUGGUGGGGCAACGCAAAUGAAUAAUGAUGCUCUUUGUACACAAGCUGUUAAUAUGGCAGAGGAUAAAGUUUCUUCCCAAAACCAGCAGAAAUGUGUGCCAUUGGGAGACCACAAUAAAUCAGAUGUUGAAGGCUCUGGAUGGAAUCAAACUGCAAGAAAAGAGUCCAAGGGGGCUCUUCAAUCAGAGUUUGAACAUGAGAUAGAAGUGAAACAAGAAAUUUUAGAGAAUAAGACAGAGUUGUCCACUGGUAUAGAAAAUGAUGAAGCGUCUGAACAAGAGCAGACCUACCCAGAGAGUGCUUCAAUUGCUCCUUCAGGUAUGGAUCACCAGGGUGAGAAUAAUAACAAAGGGGCUGAAGAAUCGAUAAAAAACUAUGGGAAGCAUGUUUCUGAUCCAGUAAACACAGGUUGCCAAACCAGUAAAUUUGGCCGACCAAGUAUUGAAGAGGGCAGGAGAAUACAUAGUAGCAGUAUAUCUGUCUAUCUGAAAGACAUCACAGUAUAUCAGGAAAGAAUUCGUUCUGAUCCAUCAAAGAGUACACAUAUAAACAAUGCUGGGUAUUAUUCUCGACAUGGAGCUCUGGAACCAGUUUCAGUCAGCAAGGAUAUCAAAGUUCCAUUGCAUGAUACUGGGAGGGUUUGUGGAAGAGAUCGUGCACUGGAGUUGGUGACAGGUCCACCAGAAGAGACGCCUCGAUGGAGACAAGAGCAAUAUGCACUUAAUAUUUUAGAAGAUGUGCAAAAUGCUCGCAGUGCUGAGAAAACUAGGAUGGAGAUGGAGAUCAGAAUACUGAAGGCACAGAUUGCUAGCAUGCAGAGACAAGUGAUGAACAUGGAUCAUGUUGGUGAGGUUAUUUCCAGAUCAAAAAGGCAUUGACCUUUUAAUUAGCUCCAUGAUAAAUGAUAGGUUAGCAUAAAAUUUCAUGUAGAACUGUACUUCCUUUGUGAGAUCAAAGACCAAUGCACGCUAGUUUGUUUCGUUUGUGUUGACUCUCAUGAAGGUCGGUACGCACCUUUUCUCUUGGGUGAAGUUUAUUUAAAUUCUUUGCUUUCCUGAA